AGUGUUGUAUGGUCACAGCCCAGCUGCUGAGCCACUGAGGGGAAAGUUUGCUCAGAUGGCAAACUGACAGCAGGACACGGAGCUCACAGGACUAACGCCGAAACCUAGUCUGGUUUAAAGUGUUUUAAAGUUUUUAUCGACUCAACAGAAGAAUGAAAUUGGCGUCUUUUGAAAACAAAUAAUUCGUUUUUCUUGCCGAAGAGGACUCUGAAACCUGAGAGAGUGAGACAGAGAGGGGAGAAUGAAUAGGAGAGAGCUAACAGGCUAAUUAGCAGCGUUAGCUUCCAUUUCCAUGACAAGCCUGCGCCGCGGAUAUGUCACAUUUUUAAACGGCCAAAAUCGGGUUUAGUGUCGUUUAUCUUUUUAAAAAAAUAUUCUUACAAUAACAAAACGCUUGGAAGAAAGUUCACUGACAGAGUCUGUGUAAUGGUUUUGUUUAAAAACACACAAAAAGCGUCUUAAAAUGCCGAGCUGAGUGGAAAUCUUCGCUUUUUUUUAAAGUUGUUAUUCUGAAAUUCAUCAGAGGAGGCAGUUUGAUUGAAUAAUGCUGCGGGAACUAGGAAUUGGAAACAUCAAUGCCUGUUACUACAAAGCAGCAACAGUGAACCCUGUUAACUUGUCCUGAGGGUGGGGACAUUCAUCCUGAAUAGAUUCACCUUUCUGCUGAGUAAUUUAUCCUGUCCAACAAUGGCAGACAGAUGCAUGGGCUUCCUGCAGUGAUGUCUGUGCAGUGAGGACUGGCUUGCUCUGUGGCCUGCUCGCCAUGCUGGCCCUGGGAGUAGACUAUGGCAAACCAGGUGGAAGAGGAGGAGGAAGCGCAGCAACUGCAUGCCAAUUGCCUGUUUCAGGGAGAAUGUUGGCACGGGAGUCUGGCAUCAACAUCAAGCAGAAGAUCUCACAGUGGGAGGGGCUCAGCCAGCAGGAGGACGCACAUGGAGGGAAGCCCAGGGCCCAGGGCACCCCUGUCUCACGCACUCGUUCUGGGGAUGUGAGAAAUGGCGUUCUCUUGGACACUAAAACUGAUGGACUGCAUGGAAAAGAUAAACUGUCUAAAGCCAAAAGCCUGGGUUUGGAUUUCAGGGAAAACCAGACUAGUCUCGGACAUUUCACAGGGGGACGUAAAUCUGAACCCGAGCACAACCGAUCAUUUGUAAACGAAGGUGUACUCUCGACUCUUAGGACUAAGUCAUCACCAGGCCCGAUACGAGCAAAGCAUCCUGUAAACAAACGGGAUGAUUCAAAGCAGAAAAGUGAUAGCGAUGCCACUGACCAUGUCAUGGACGAUGAUAUCGCAUCUCUUCCUGAGGGUGAUGAAGAUCCUGAUGACUCGCUGCCCCCUGGUAACUUCUACACCUCUCGGGGCUUUUGGAGGAGACUGGAGGGUGAGGAUUCUCCCUGGAAGAGGGAGAAAGAUCCCUCACCCGUGUCUAAGCAUCUCACCUCAGGGGGCGCUGAACCGAACUCCCAGAAUCCUAUCACACCACCACCUAAACCACAACGCACAUUCCAGUACCAAGGAGCCAGCAACCCACCUGCAUAUUCCGCCCAAUGGGAGAAGACAACGUCUCCUGUGAGCCAACCAAAACAGCUCAGAAACCGCAACGUCAUAUACCCACCCAGUGUCCCGCCUCCACCGUGUCCUGUCACCACCAGCAAUGGCAUUUCCAGGAACAGAAAGAACAGGAAGUCAUUUGAAUUCGAGGACGUGGUGCGUUGGACGGCUCAGCAGGGGUCCAGAGAGACGGAGUCACGCCGCUCAGGGCUGUACCACGCCCGGUCUCAAGACAGCGUUUACGAAGACAUCAUCUCGGAAGUGUUAAGGGAGAACCCAUAUGAAGACAUCAAACUGUCUCCUAUGUGUCUUCCUAUCACACGGUCCCGAAACUGGACUGUUGCACAGAGACGGCCACCGUGCCCACCAAAGCUGCCUCAGAAACCCCUCACACUACGAGCCGAUGCUGACAGACUGCACGAGGUCUACAAGCAGCCUGUGACGUCACAGCUUCAAACUUCUAAUCCGAGCACACCUAAGCCAUCAGCAACAAAACGGGCUACCGCCUACAGAGCACAGCACCAGCCUCAGUAUGUGAGCAGGAUCCAAGAGAUCUUCCAGGCCAAGAGAGGGAAAAAGAGAGUGAAAAGCCAGACAAGUGCCAGCAGAGAUGAAUUGAGUGGAACAGAGAGCGAUCCAGAAGAGAGCACUAAAAAAGGUGGCUCCCAGCGCCUGGUGUAUGUGCAGUCCACUUUGAAGAGGAGACCAGGGUAUCGCACCCUGGAGAGAGAUCUCAUCCAGCUGCAGCAGCAACAACUCUUCCAGCUGUUCGUUGUGGUGUCACUUAGAAAACGUUCCCCUGGAAAUGCAUACUACCCAGAGAUCACGCAACAGUUCCCUACCAAGUUUGAGAAGACCUCACGGAUGUCUCGUGAGACUGAGGAUCGCUUGAAAGCCAUUCCUAAUUUCUGCUUCCCGGAUGCUCAGGACUGGAGACCAUCUGCAGACAUCAACAGUGAAACCUUUUCUUUUGUCCUAACUGGAGAAGACGGGACCCGAUGGUUUGGUUAUUGUCGGAAAAUUUUGCCCUGCGGAAAGGGGAAGAGGCUACCCGAGGUUCACUGCAUCAUCAGCCGGCUUGGUUGCUUCAAUUUGUUUGCAAAGAUCCUGGAGGAGGUGGAGAGGAGGAGAGAGAUCUCUCCUGCGCUGGUUCACCCGUUUAUGCGCAGCGUCAUGGAGGCGCCGUUUCCCGCUCCAGGACGCACCAUCACUGUGAAGAGCUUUCUGCCCGGCUCUGGCAAUGAGGAGCUGACUCUGUGUCGCCCGGUGGACUCACGACUGGAGCACGUGGAUUUUGAGAGUCUGCUGCAGUGUCUGAGUGUGAGCAGGCUGCUGCAGGUUUUCGCCUCUCUAUUGCUGGAGAGGAGAGUCAUCUUCAUCGCAGAUAAACUCAGCACCUUGUCUCGGUGUGCACACUCAGCUCUCGCUCUGCUCUACCCUUUCACAUGGCAGCACACCUUCGUGCCCGUGCUGCCCGCCAACAUGCUAGACAUUAGCUGCUCUCCAACUCCCUUCGUCAUGGGAGCGCUGUCUCCGUCCCUGGACCAGCUGUUGGAUUUGCCCAUUGAGGAGGUGCUUAUUGUGGACCUGUGUGCAGACAAGUUCGUUGUGCAGAUGGGAGAUGAAGACUGCAUCCUCCCCAGUAAACUCCAAGCAGCCCUGCAGGAAGUCCUGGAGAGUCGGGAGGAGAUGCUGGAGCACAGCAAAGAAGACAGGAAGGGAGAAGAGUGCAGCCUGAGUGCUCUGGUGUCCGAGGCGUUUGUGAGAUUCUUCGUGGAGCUGGUGGGCCAUUACCCGCUACACAUCAACGAGACGGGAUACAACGGCGCCCGCGAGCUCAACAGGGAAACGUUCAGGAAGUCUCAUCCGUCCCGAGGCGUGCGCCAGUUCCUCCAGCUGUUCAUGGACACGCAGAUGUUCGCCGGCUUCAUUCAGGACCGAGAGCUCCGCAAGGGGGGAGUCAAGGGCCUGUUUGAAGUGCGAACAGCAGAAUAUCUCGCCUCCUGUCCUGAGCCUGAACCCAGCGGAGUCAACAAAUUUCUCAAGGGACUCGGGAACAAAAUGAAGUUCUUACAGAAAAAGUGAGGGAUUGCCUAAGCAGAGGGGGAAGAAAACCAAAUGUGGCGUGCCAAGCGAGAUGGAACGCUGAGAGAAGAGCUGUGAGUCACUGCACCGAUCGUUUGCCUCGGAGAAAACUGGACCGGCUGGGUGGAGACGAGCUCGAGCCUGGACUGGGCUCGUUUCACCCUGAUGGGAGCGCCUGUGCAAUGCUUUAAGAUUAAAAAGUGGAAAUUAUUGUUAUAAAGAAAAGAAAGACUGAAUUAGAACUGGGAGAAAAGUGUCAUGGCUACAGCUGAGGCUUCGGGCUUAAUUACCGGAAGACGCAGGAUAAUGAAGUAGUUCUUUUUUACACUAAUCCUGAACUUUUUAGUCUGUUCUGUAACUGUUGGAAGAUAAAACUGUUCAUUUUAUAGUAAAUGACAGGUCGGGAAAGUAUUUUCUUUUUACGCUUAAAUGCUUUCCAAACUGGAAAGUAGUAUUUCAAAGAAAUGCAUUUGAAAUGAAGAGGUGCUUUUCAUCUCUGUCAGAUUUGAUGUAUUUAUAAAUGUAAUAAUAAUAAUAAUACCUCUGAGGCACACUGAUCAUGCUUCUUUUUAUAAGUCCAUAAUUUUACUUUUAUCUUUUCAUACUCUUUUUUUUGUUGUUGUUGUUGUUGUUGUAAUCUAAGUGUUUGUGAAUAAAGUGUACAAAACCUUUUUAGAUGAUUUAACAUUUUAUAUAGGUUUACAUAAUUACUUUGCAUAAUAACCAUAGUGUUUUGCCAUAUGUUUAAAUAAAAUGCCUUCACAGAAAACCAG